AUGACGGCACCAGCGGGCGGCGGAGCGGCAGUGGCGGCGCCGCCGGCAGACGCUCGCCUCAAGGCCCUCUACUCUGUGAUGCAGAGCAUCGAGAACAAGCUGGGCGGCGGCGAGGGCGUGGAGGGCCUGUACGGCAGCAUCAAGAAGAGCGGCAUGGACAAGGUGCUGGAGUGCCUGCGCAGCAGGUGCUGCCUCGACUCGCGAAGUGUGCUGGUGGACAUUGGCGCUGGCCUGGGCAGGCCACUGAUGCAUGCGCUGCUGGAGCCGGGCAUUGCAGGGGCGCGCGGCAUCGAGAUAGACCGCAUCAAGUGUGACAAGGCUGUCGCCUUCCUGCGGCAGGCGACGCUGGAGCUGCAGCGGAGGGGCGUGGCGGGGGCAGACGCCCUGGUGCUGCCGCAGAUUGAGUGCAGCCCCAUUGAGAAGGUGGCCAGCCUGGACCCCUGCACCCACGCCUACUCCUUUUGGGAGGGCGUGCCUGUGGAGGGCAAGGCCGCCUUUGGCCGCCUCUUUGCCGCCUCGCGCACGCUGCGGUCGGUGGCGGUCGUGCAGCGCGCCAUCAGGACGUGCCCGCUGGAAUACAUGGAGGACCUUGGGUUUGGGGAGCUGGUGCUGGAGGGCUCCUUCUCAGUCAGCAUGUCGGGCAGCGGCAGGAGCUUCACCGCGUAUGUGUUCAACAAGGCCACCCUGCCGCUGGCCCUGCCGGUGCCGCUGGCGGCGGAGCAGGCAGCUGCGCACAGCGUACAGACGCCGGCGCAGGCCGGCGAGCAUGCUGGUGCGGCGGCGUCCACGGGCGCGGUGGCGGCAGUUGCCGAGCUGGAAGGCGAGUCAGUCCAGAGCAUGCUGGAGGCGGCAGAGGCGGCGCGGGCGGCGGCUGCUACAUCCCCGCAGCUGUCCACAAACGGGCGGGGCCGGCGGCAGCUCAAGCCCUCUGCCAAGCAGGCGGCCGCUGAGGAGCAGCAGCAGGCGGCCCAGGAGGAGGCGGAGGAGCAGCGGCGGCCCAGCGCUCGGGAGCGGCGUGCCGACAAGCGCAAUGCGGCGGCCUGGGAGGCUGCCAAGGUGGCGACCCCGCAGCAGGUGGCGCAGGCUGCGGCGGCCGAGGAGCAGCGGCCUGGCACGCAGCAGGCAGCACCCCAGGCUGGCGGGUCACCCAGCAAGGCGACAGCUCGUGCUGCCAGCGCCCCCCGCCCGGCAGCCGCAGCGGCAGCCAAGCUGAGCAGCCCACAGAAGGGCGGGGUGCAGAAGCGGGCAUCGCCAACCAAGGGCGCCAGCCCCACCGCACGCUCGCCCCAAAAGGCAGAACGUGGUGGUGCCGCCAGCCGCAAACUGGCAGUGGCAACGGCUGCCAGCAAGGGCAGCUUGGAUGUGGAGGCGGCGCCGCUGGCCGCCGGAAGCGCUGGCCUGCUGCAGCGUGCCGCUCGCGUGAUCAAGAGCGGCAUGGCAGAGGGUGUGGCGAAGCUGCGCCCAACCCGGCAUGUGGCAGCAAACCGUGGCCUCCAGACCGACCGCAUGGCGGCCUGA